AUGAAGUACACCGAUAUCGACUACUAUGUUUUCACCGACGCCGCCAAAUUUGUCUCUGAAGGGCAGUCUCCAUAUGAAAGAGCAACUUACAGAUAUACGCCAUUGCUUGCAUGGAUUCUCCUUCCAACCACUUGGACGACGUUAGGUGGCCCACAGGUGUGGUUCUCAUUCGGCAAAGCUUUGUUCGCAAUCUCCGAUAUCAUUGCUGGAUGGUUGAUCCUGCAUAUCCUUCGCUCCCAUCAACGGAUGGACAUGGAAAGGGCCCUUAAAUUUUCAAGUAUCUGGCUUCUCAACCCAAUGGUUGCUACCAUUAGCACUAGAGGGAGCUCAGAGGGUUUCUUGUGUGUCAUGAUAAUGGCACUCCUUUGGGCUGUCUUGGAGAAACGAAUAACGCUAGCAGGUGUUCUACUGGGCUUGGGUGUACAUUUCAAAAUAUAUCCUUUCAUUUACGCACCAUCGAUUAUCUGGUAUCUGGGUGAUAAGGAAAGUGACAAAUUCGAUAAAUCGAACGGGUUCACUAUUAACAGCAUGGUCAACUACGUUUCUCGGUUCCUUACGCCCCAGCGUAUUAUUCUCGGGUUGACAUCCCUUGGUGUUUUCGCAGCCUUGAAUAUAUCUAUGUACAUGCUUUAUGGUGCCCCUUUCUUGCAACAUACAUAUCUACAUCACGUCACUCGUGUCGACCAUCGCCAUAACUUUUCCCCUUACAACAUGUUACUAUAUCUAUCUUCGUCUGAGAUUGCCCAGGGUAUACCUGGAAAUAACUUUGAAUCACUCGCGUUUAUCCCACAAUUGGGGCUUUCAGCAAUUCUUAUCCCGCUGGCGUUAGCGAAGAAGGACCUCGCGGGAAGCAUGUUGAGUCAAACAUUUGCCUUUGUUACCUUCAACAAGGUCUGCACUAGCCAAUAUUUUCUAUGGUAUCUCGUGUUUCUACCACUAUACCUUCCCCAUUCAUCCCUUGUCAGUCAACCGAUUUUUGGAAUCCUUGUUGCUGCCCUAUGGGCAGGCGCACAGCCGCCUGCACCUCUUUCAGAAGUAAAACCAGGUUUGCUGCUUUAUAGUACCUUCGGCUUUGCCUCCACGAUCCUCAGCACCAAGGAUAAGGAGGAGUGGGAGAACGAAGCAGAAGAGUUUGACCCCAUUCUCUGCGCAAGGCUAUACAACCGCCUCAUCCGAAUCGGCUUUCAUGGCAGCAAUCGAGAGCAGGAGGGGGAGUCCCUUCGAACUAACUGGUUUGAAUCAUUAAUGUCACCAACGAGUAUAGAUGAUGACCUAGGGCUAGAGGGAAUGAAAGCUGAUGACAUUGACUGCGUCUGUCUGUUCCCAAUCAAUAUCGGCCUGAUUAUAGAUCUAGACGAACUCCGAGUUCGAUAUCUGCCUAGCUUCGUUGGAUAUCAGAACCUCGGGGAUACCAGAGGCUGGUAUUCGAUGGAGCAUGUGUUGCUUAACCUCAAUUGUAUGGCCGAGAUUGGAAAAUAUGUGCCUGUUAUUCGCAACGAUGAGCCUGGAACCCUCGCUGCGUGGGAGGACCUGGUUGAUACUAUCGCUACACCUCCAGAGGACAAAAUACCGCCCUCCAUACGCGGGUUCACUCGUGGAUUCCUACUGCGUGCAUCAAGACCUCCUUUCAAAUACAUCGCUCCUGGGCUAAUUGUCUACGAUUCCGAUGCCCACCGCCGCCAGAUGUACGGUGUGGUGCACCACGAUCCUAUCAUUCUGUUCCCAUUCGAGGAGUCAGCGAGAAAGGAGGUUGCUGGGCUCUGGAUCCUCCCCGAGGAGGACUGGGCAGAUUCCAUCCGGGAGGGAAAGAGUUCUAUCGACAUGCAGAGGAUAAAGGAAAAGGGGACUGGUUUGACGUUGGAGAAUGCUUCGAUUUUCCACCACAAGUAG